AUGGGACCAAGAGCCACCACCACCACCACCACCGAAGAAGGCCACCAACACCACCAUUAUAUGAUGGAGAAGAACGAGAUAGAAGUGGUGGUGAUGAAGAAAUUCGGAGACGAGCAGAGCAAUCUGUUGGACAAGUUCGAGCGUCUCUCCUUCGAGGUUCACCUCAACCGAGCCAUGCAGCUCGGCCGCAGCCUCUCCGAGCCCGGGGCCAUGGUCCGCGCCAAGCUUCCGCCGCCGUACACCGCGGCUUUUCUGGCUGAGCCGCCGCCGGCUCUGGUGUCACAAGUCAGGCAAGGGCGUCGCCGCCGGUUGACCGGUCUCAAGAAGGUAUUGAAAAAGCUGCUCAAAUCGAUUACUAGUGGUCGUAGUAAUAAUGGUGGUGGAAAGAAGGAAGUGCAGCCUGGUCCCAGAGAUCCCAGAAACUACUACAAACUCAAUUACAACAGAACCCACCAGGCUAACCUACUUGCUCACAAAAAUGAUAUUGUACAGCCAAAAGAUAAUAAUUAUAGACUGCCCAUCAACGAAGAUUGUCCAAAGUACCUCGAUUAUGACAAAACAGCCAGCAUAAUUCAAGUAAAAAAUCUUGUUGAAAGAGUCCAAGUUUUACCCUCCAAAGAGAGAAGCAAAACCAUCAAGAUUUGGAAACAAAAUGGUGAGUUUGAGACAGUAUCUGAGUUCAAUGAUCUGCUUAUGGCUUUAUUGUUUGUAGAUGAUUCUAACCUUGCCUUGAAGCUGUUUGAUGAAAUGUCAUUUCACGGUGUAGAGGCAGAUUCUUGGACAUUAUCAAUAGUUAUAAGGUGUCAUUGCAAGAAUAAGGAAUUUGAUGAGGCUGAGAGAGUUUUAGGCUAUAUGCUGGAAAAUGGGUUUGAACCAGAAUUUUCAACCAUUUCUAUGCUCUUAAAGUCACUGAGCAAAAGUGGGAGAUUGCAGAGAGCUUUGGGGGUUUUAGAGGUGGUGGGUAGAGUUGGAUUUAAGCCAAUGGUAAAGACAUACAAUUGUUUGCUAAAGGGUUUGUGUUAUGUGGGGAGAGUUGAGGAAGCUUUUGAAAUGUUGAUGAAAAUGAAGGAAGAGGAUUUGAAACCUGACAUUUAUUCAUACACAGCUGUUAUGGAUGGGUUUUGCAAAGUGGGUAGAUCUGAUGAGGCUGUGGAGUUGCUUAAUGAGGCUUUUGAGAUGGGAUUGACACCUGAUGUGGUCACUUUCAACACUUUGUUUAAUGGGUACUGCAUAGAAGGAAGGCCAUUGAUGGGGAUUGGCAUUUUCAAGAAGAUGAAGGAGAGGAAUUGUUCACCUGAUUAUAUAUGUUAUAGCACUUUUUUACAUGGGUUACUGAAAUGGGGCCAUAUAAGGACUGCAUUGAGGAUUUAUGAAGAGAUGGUGGGAAUUGGGUUAAAAGUAGAGGAUAAGAUGAUGAAUGUUCUUGUUAGAGGAUUGUGUAGGAUAUCUUGUAAAGGAAAGGGCUUUUUGGAAAAUGCGCACCAAGUGUUUGAGAAAAUGAAGCACGAGGAUUCUGUCAUCGAUCCUAGUACGUAUGACGUAAUGAUUGGGGCUCUUUGCAUGGGGAAGAAAACAGAUGAUGCUAGUGUCUAUUUGCAGAAGAUGAUUAGAAUGGGAUAUUCACCGCGGAUGGUCACGUUCAAUGGAGUAAUUCGAGCACUUUGCUUGGAAGAAAAGGUGAUAGAGGCAUUGUCGAUUUUGGUCCUCUUGAAUGAAGAGGGUAGAAUUCCCAGUAGAACAUGUUAUAACCUGUUAAUUGAUGAGUUAAAUCAACAUGGGAGCUUGUUAGGUGCUUCCAACGUAUAUGGCGCAGCGUUGAAGCGAGGUGUGAUUCCGACCAUGAUGCCGCUGCAAUGA